UUGAAUAAAUAUAUUUAACAUGUUGUAUCGGAAUACAAUUCAAAUCGUUAAGGGGUUGAUUCGAGAAGUGAUCGUUAUUUUGUGUUCUUAAAGUUACUUUGUAUGUUUUACUCCUGGAAAAUGGGAAAGUACAUGAUUUUUUGUAUUUGUGUUUGGGGAUUAAUUGGUUCAAUUAACUCUCAGAAAAGUUUUUCUUCGUUAUCUUGCCAGGGUUCUCGUACUUCAAGAAUUGUUGGAGGUUCAGAAGCAGAAAAGAAUGAGAUGCCUUAUAUAGUUAGCCUUACUCGCCGUGGUGGACAUUUCUGUGGAGCAUCAAUCCUCAAUGAGCGAUGGCUUCUGACAGCUGGACAUUGUGUUUGCAACGGAUUGAAUAACCUUAUAAAACCGUCUCAAAUCCGAGGUGUAAUAGGACUGCACAGUAUUUCGGAAUUUCUAAACGGAUUACAAGGAAGAAGUUAUAGAUUGAAUCCAAGUCAAAUUGAAUUCAGAAAUAUUGUAACACAUCCAGGCUAUGAUUGUAAUCAUGUUAAAAAUGACAUAGCUCUUCUUGAACUAACAAGACCAAUCAUAUUCAGUGAACAAAUAAGACCGACUUGUCUAUCAAUGGAUCUAGAUGGUCGAAAUUUUGAAGAUGAUUUUGCUACUGUAUCAGGCUGGGGCUGGACAAAUGAGAAUCAAGGAAAUGGUGAUAGAGCCGAUGUAUUACGCAAGGCUACAGUGCAAAUUUGGAAUAAUGACAUUUGUGAGAGGUCUUAUCAAGUAAAUGGAAAAAGAUCUAAUUUCAUAGCUGAGACACAAAUGUGCGCUGGUUUUGUAAAUGGUGGUAUCGAUUCGUGUUGGGCUGAUUCUGGCGGACCUUUGGUGACUAAGGACAAUCUACUAGUUGGAGUUGUGUCAACUGGAAUUGGAUGUGCUAGACCAGGAUUACCAGGAAUUUAUACAAGAGUCAGUAAAUAUAUCAAUUGGAUGGAACAAGUGAUCCUACGAUGAAUGUGUGGCUCUCAGUAAUUUUGGCUUUAAAUUAAGAAACUGUGAUAGUAAAAUUUUA